UGUAACCAGUGAUAAAUGAUAAUCGAUUCUGUGGCUCGGGGAAGUCAGAGAAUCGCGUCAUUUUACGUCAUGUCCCGCUGUCUGAUGCUCCUCCUUUUGAUCCAUUCAUCAUCCCUCCAGCGGGUGGCGCUGUGGCGCCGGGGGAACCGAGUGUCUUCCAUCAACGCCUGUCAGCAGAAGGAGGCGCCGGACGGAGGACUGAUGGUUCGCUGCAGCGGACUCCGACUGACCCAGAUUCCUGCCGGUCUGUCCAACCACACAACCCGCCUGUUUCUGAAUAAGAACCGGCUCAGCUCUCUGUCGGCGUUCUGCUUCUCGGACCUGUUCCUGCUGGAUGAACUCGACCUCUCACACAACCAGCUCUCCUCUCUUGAACCCGGGUGUUUCUCCGGCCUGGCGUCGUCUCUCCGGUUCCUGGACCUCUCCACCAACCGGCUCACCACAUUGGACCCGGCGGUUCUGGGUGGACUGCAGGUCCAAGCCAACCUGAGCCAGAACCCGUGGCACUGCGACUGCAGCAUGCAGGUGUCCAUAACUCAGCUGGACAUGGACAAGUCCUCUCUGGAGAAAGUCAUCUGUGAGACUUCGGACCUCCCGAACCUCGGAGCUACUGGGCUGCCACUGGUCUUACUGGUGCAGGACUGGGACCUGUGUCAGUCCGUGAGGAGAACCACCGACUUCCUGACGUUGAUCACCAUGCUCCUCUGGUUCAUCAUGCUCCUUUCCUACCUGAUCCACUACAUCCGUCAUAACAAGGUGGUGGCCCGACGACACAUGGAGUACCUGAGGUUCCUGGAGAGUCGGGACCCAUGGAGACCCCAAUGACCCCCGAUGACCCCAGAUGACCCAAGAACCCUCAGCAAACCACCUGAAAGGCCUUUAAAGCUAAAGUUUGUAACUUUUAUAAAGAAUAUUUGUUAAAACUGUCACCAUGUUGUGACUGUUAUGAGACAGAUAAUUUGUGAAAAGAUUCAUCUCUAUCCACUUAUGAAGAAAUGAACUGCUUCCGACCAAAAACAACCAAUCAGAGCCAGGAGGAGGGUCUUAGUGCUGUCAAUCACCUCAUGUAUUUACAGAGAAGAAAAGACUCACUGUUACAGGAAAACCGUUUAUCCGUUGUCAUCUGUGGCUACGCUAACUAGCUUUAGUAUUCACGCUAGCAGAGAGCAAAGGGGAAGAGUUGAGAGGUGAUUGACAGCGCCAAGACCCGCCUCCUGGCUCUGAUUAGCUGUUUCUGGUUAGCACUGGGAGAUGGCAGAAGAGCUCUAAUUUUUUCACAGAUUAACUCUCACAUUAUACAGUCACAACUUAAAGACAGUUUCAACAAAUAAGUAAAAAAUGAUUUAUAAAAGUUACAUUCUGCAGCUUUAAACCUGAUUCAAAAUUAUUCUUUCUGAUCCAAAGAAAGAAUAAUUUCUUUGGAUUAUUCCAAAGAAAUUAUCCAAAGAAUAAUUUCUAUCCGGAUUUUUCACGACUGUCCGAACAGUUUAGUUCUGAUUUGUUCACAGGAAAAACUACAUGAGAUGUGUUCCACUUCCAGAAGUUUUCCGUUCACACAGAAGUUUGAUUGUGAUCUCAUUUAAUUAGUAACACGAACAACCACGCAAAAAUAUAUAUAUAUAUAAGGAUUUUUUUUUAAAUUAUAAAAAAAUUGAAAAUGAGCAUCAAGAGCCGCUGUGGGAAUGUAGGUAAAGCUAUGAUUCAUGCAGAACCUUUCAGAGCCAUAAAACCACAGGUCAAAGGUCAAGGACUUACCAGCAGUUAAUCCCUAGCAGUUCCGUUUAUUGGAUGUUUUUUAUAGAACCUCCUCACCAAGGAUGUUAAAGAUGAUGACAACAAACCUACAACUCUGAAAGUCUUUCCUUGCACACAUCAUCCUUUCAGAGCUCAACCUGUGAACUGUAUACGUGCUGUUUCCAUGGUAACUGCCUCCUAGCUCAGGGUUUACAGCCCCCUGACUCAGUCUGCGUCUGUUCACCUAAUUUAUGUGCUAAAAAUGUCAAAUAAAUCCUGUAAAGUCAGUGCA